AUGACUGAGCCGAGCGCUCCUGCCAGUACGGCAUGGCCUGCAGCCAAGGUGCGCAGCACCUUCCUCGAUUUUUUUAAGGAGCAGGCACACACGAAUGUGCCGUCCAGCUCGACUGUGCCGUACGACGAUCCGACGCUGCUGUUUGCGAAUGCUGGUAUGAACCAAUACAAGUCGAUUUUCCUCGGCACCGUCGAUCCGUCGUCCGACUUUAGCAAACUGCGCCGUGCGGUGAACUCACAAAAGUGCAUUCGUGCGGGUGGUAAGCACAACGACCUGGACGACGUCGGUAAGGAUACCUACCACCACACUUUCUUCGAGAUGCUCGGCAACUGGAGUUUUGGCAACUACUUCAAAGAAGAGGCCAUCUCGUAUGCGUGGAAGCUGCUGACGGAGGUGUACGGUUUGCCAGCCGACCGCCUGUAUGUCACAUACUUUGAGGGCGACGCGAAGCAAGGCCUCGAGCCGGACACGGAGGGCCGCGAUAUCUGGCGCAAGGUGGGCGUGCCGGACGACCACAUCCUGACCGGCAAUGCGAAGGACAACUUUUGGGAAAUGGGCGCCACCGGCCCAUGCGGACCCUGCAGCGAGAUCCACUUUGAUCGCAUUGGCGGCCGUAACGCGGCCGAGCUGGUGAACAUGGACGACCCCGACGUGAUCGAGGUGUGGAAUAUCGUCUUUAUCCAGUUUAACCGUGAGGAUGACGGCUCGCUGCGCCCCCUGCCUGCGCGCCACAUUGAUACAGGUAUGGGCUUUGAGCGCCUCGUCUCCAUCCUGCAGGACAAGCGCUCGAACUACGACACGGACGUGUUCACGCCCCUGUUUGCCAGGAUCCAGGAACUGACAAACGCUCGCCCGUACACCGGCAAGCUCGGUGCCGAGGACGUGGAUGGUAUCGACACGGCGUACCGCGUUGUCGCCGACCAUGUGCGCACACUGACCUUUGCCAUUAGUGAUGGGUGCGUGCCUGACAAGGACGGCCGCGGCUACGUACUGCGCCGCAUUCUGCGCCGCGGCACGCGCUUCGUACGCAAGUACUUCCAAGUGCCGAUCGGCCACUUCUUCUCGCAGCUUGUGCCGACGCUGGUCGAGCAGAUGGGCGGAUUCUUCCCCGAGAUCACCAAGCGCAUGAGCGAGGUGCAGGCGAUCCUCGACGAGGAGGAGGCGUCGUUCGCGCGCACGCUGGACCGCGGUGAAAAGCUGUUCGAGCAGUACGCGCGUGCUGCGCGCGCCGAGGGCCGCACGAAGCUGAGUGGCUCGGACGUGUGGCGCCUGUACGACACGUUCGGCUUCCCCGUUGACCUGACGAGCAUCAUGGCCGAGGAGCAGGGACUCACGUUCGACCAGGCCGAGUUCGACAAGGCACAAGCUGAGAGCAAGGAGGCGAGCAAGGGCCAGGGCAAGCAGCAGGAGGGUGAGGCGGUUAAGCUCGACGUGCACGACUUGGGCCACCUUGACCAGGACGCGUCUGUGCCGCAGACGAACGAUGUGUUCAAGUACGACACGCCGUCCAUGUCGGCCACCGUCAAGGCCCUGUUCCAGGCGCACCAGUUUGUCUCCAAGACGGCGUCGCUGCCGAGCGGCUCUGAGCCUUUCGGCGUGUUGCUCGACCGCACCAACAUGUACGCGGAGAGUGGUGGCCAGCAGGCGGACACGGGGAGUCUGGUGAUUGAUGGCGUGUGUGAGCUGGCCGUGACGGACGUGCAGGUGUCCAAUGGCUACGUGCUGCAUAUCGGCUACCUCAAGUACGGCGCUCUCCAAGUGGGCGAUGAGGUCGUCGUGAGCUACGACGAGUCGCGCCGCCGCCCGCUGCGCAACAACCACACCGGCACGCACAUCCUCAACUUUGGUCUGCGCGAGAUCCUUGGUGACCAUGUCGACCAGAAGGGCUCGCUUGUCGCGCCGACCAAGCUGCGUUUCGACUUUUCGCACAAGGCGCAGGUCAACGUCGCGGAGCUGGCCAAGAUCGAGUCGAUCAGCAACGAGUUUAUCGCGCGCGAUGUCCCUGUCUAUGCGAAGGACAUGGCCCUGGAAGAGGCCCAAAAGAUCCCCGGCCUGCGCGCCGUGUUCGGCGAGUCGUACCCCAACCCCGUGCGCGUGGUCGCGCUCGAGUACAGCGUCGACGAGAUGGCCGCGGACCUGACCAACCCCCGCUGGCGCUCGACGUCCGUGGAGUUCUGUGGCGGCACGCACGUGCAGCGCACCGGCGAGAUUGGCCACCUGAUCGUCACGGAGGAGAGCGGCAUUGCCAAGGGCGUGCGCCGCAUUGUGGCGGUGACGGGCGACGAGGCUGCGACGGUGACGCGCACGGCCGACGAGGCUGCGGCGCGCCUCGAUGCGAUGGCGCAGGUGACCGACGACGCCGAGAAAGAUGCGCAGCUCAAGGCGUUCAGCGUGGAACUCGCGCGCAUGGACAUGAGCGUCGUGCGCAAGGACGAGCUCAAGACGCGCUUCGCCAAGGUGCGCAAGGAGCUUGACACGCGUCUGAAGGCGCGCGCCGCGGCGGACGUCAAGGCCGCGCAGGAGGCCGUGACGCAGUUCUUUGCCGAGAACCCCGAGGCACCCGUGUACAUUGCCAAGCUCCCCGUCGGCGUGAACGCCAAGGCGCUGCAGUCGGGCGUCGCCGCGGCCAAGAAGCUGAACAAGCCCGUGUAUCUGUUUGCCCAUGACGCGCACGCUGCCAAGGGCAAGGCGCUCUUCAGCAACUAUGUGCCAUCGGCCGUGCUCGAGCGCGGUCUCGACGCGGUCAAGUGGAACCAGGCCGUGUCGGAGAAGCUGCAGGGCCGCGGAGGCGGCAAGCCCGAUGGCGCGCAGGGCCAGGGCGAGGCGACGCCCGCCGACGUCGAGGAGGCGCUGCAGCUGGCGCAGUCGUUCUUCGACAUGACCCUGGGGGGUCGUAGCUAG